UUCUUCCUAUCCUACCCUGCCGCGUGCGUUUCACUGUUUGCCGAAAUGGACGAUGGGGUGAGGAGGACGAGGGAGUGGUCGCCGGCGUCGCCGUCGCUGGUGGUGCGCAGACCCAGGCGGACGGUCAGCCGCCGACCCCACCGCGACUGGGAUCCCUCCUCGAGGUCCCCCUCCUUCGCCGCCCGCGACCACGGCCCCAAGCCGUCGGAGGUGUACGGCUUCGUCGGAUCCAUCACCACCGUCAUCGCCACCGCCGUCUACCUCGCCUGGGCCUACACGCCGGAGCCCUGCCUCCGCUCCCUCGGCGUCACCUACUACCCUAGCAAGUACUGGGCCUUGGCGGUCCCAUCGUUCGUGAUUGUGGCAUUGGCACUGUCCAUGGUCAUCUACAUGGGUCUCAACUUCCUCGCCACUCCUCCCCCGACUUCCUUUGGUACCAUCUUCGAUGAGAACAGUCGGGAGCGCGUGGCGUUUUCUCCUGCAAUGGAAGAGGAGCGGCCCAUCGAGCCCAUUUCAGACAUUAGCAUUGUUCAAGUCAACAGUGUUAUGUUUGGUGAUACCUGAUUACUCUAGAUGGAAAAUGAGUCUACCUUAGAGCACAAGAUUGGACUAUUGGAGACAGUAGCAACAUGGAGAAAGACGUCAAUUGAACUUUCAGUUUGCUUUCGUAACCAAUCGGGGAACUCAAUCAUUCCGUAUUUUUUAAAAGGAACCCCCAGCCUUCCCCUGUGUACAAUUCAGCUAUAUCUUGUGCAGCAAUGGAAUGCACUGUAAUAGUUUUCUUGUGUGUUGCACACUUCACCUCUUUGUAAUAGUCCUGCGCUGCUCUUGAUGGCUUCUUUCAUCUAUCUGCCAAUGAUGCUCCUCUGCUCAGUGUUUACAACAAACAUUUUUACAUUAGCAUCAGAGAUAUCAUUGUCAUUUCUCUCUG